AGCAAUCAAAUGGGCAAAGGACCGCCAACUGAGCGUGCCCGAGUCAUUGACUGUAGACAAGAUGCGGUUCGUGCUGUAAGGUAUAAUGUUGACGGCAAUUAUUGCCUAACUUGUGGAAGUGACAAAACAAUCAAACUGUGGAAUCCUAUAAAGGGCUCGCUUUUGAAGACAUACACAGGGACGGGUAACGAAGUUUUUGAUGCGGCUUCAUCUUCGGAUAACUCACAAGUGGCAGCUGGUGGAGCUGACAAAUGUCUGACCACAUUUGAUGUGGAAACGGGAAAAAUUCUCAGGAGAUGGAGAGCUCAUGCGGGUUCCUAG